AUGCAUUUCUCCAAGCCAUUGAUCUUGGCCUUUGCCGCCACCGCCACCGCCCAGGACGUCAGUUCAAUCGUCAGCUCUGCCCUCUCCGUUGCUAGUUCAGCCGUCAGUGACGGUACGUCGGUGGCAAGCAGCGCGGUCUCAUCAGCCGUAUCGCUAGCAUCAUCCUACGCCAGCAGCGAGCCCAGCAGUGCCAGCUCCAUCGUUUCCUCCGCUUUAUCUGAAGCCUCUUCGGUUGCAUCUUCUGCCAACUCAUUGGCCUCAAGCCUCGCCUCCAGCGCCGCCACGGAGCCCGCUUCGGUCAGAAGCAGCGUCAGCAGCGAAGUCAGCAGUAUCACAUCCAGUGCCAGCUCUUUGGCUUCCAGCGCCGUCGGCAGUGCCACCUCUGAAGCCUCUUCUGCUGCUGGAUCAGCCACCAGCGCAGCAUCCUCCGCUGCUUCUUCGGCCAGUGCUGCCGGCACUAGCGCCUCAGCCUCAGCCUCAUCCACCGCAUCUGGAAGCGGAGCUGCCGGAGCCAACGUCGUCCCAGCUACAGGCAUGCUUGGUGGUUUCUUCCUCGGCCUGGUGGCACUUCUAUAG